AUGCCUUACAAUCCGACCUGUGAAGAUCCAGCACGCAGACACCUACUAUCAGAAGCAUACAGUUGUCAAGAUGCCUCAAAAAGAUUACAGUCUCCUAUUCUUUCAAAUGUUUCAUUAAAUGAAUUUGCUGUCCAAUUGCGUGACAGGUUUGAGAAACAGAAAAGAGCCAGUGUGAUUGAUGUUGAUAUUCUGGUCAACAAAAUGCAUGAGAUGGACGUCUCAGAUGCAGACUACAUGGAGGACCUUAUAUGCAGAUUUCGAAAUAGUGAGGAUGCUGUACCUGUGAGAGACUCAAUAGUUCAUGCCAUUGUCCGUGCAUAUAUCGACCUCGGAUUGACAGAUAGACUCCUGGACAUGAUGAGAAACAGGAGGGAUUAUGGUAUUUUCCCUGACAGCUUUGCCACAAACAUCCUCAUGGACCACUUCAUCAAGGGAGACAAUUAUGCAGAUGCAGCGAAGGUGUCAUAUGAGAUGAUGCUACAAGAGGACUUCAGCCACCCCAUCACCUUCAGACUGUCCCUGUUGGCAGCCCUCAAACACCUGCUCAAUUCCAACAUAACCAACCUAGCUCUUCAACCAACGCCUGAGAAUCCUGAGGAGGAGGAGGACUGGGUGAAGGUCAAGGUCAUCCGAUAUCCUUACUAUGAUGACCACUUUGACAUCAAGGAUGAACGCUUUCUACUAGGGAAGACCCUGUACAUGUUGGGUGGCUCGGUUCAGAACAAUGACCUGCUCAGCAUCUCCCUGAAGGUGAUGGGCCUGGGACUGUACCAGAAGUUUGACAAGGGCCUGCGUCUGCUGGAGGAAGUUGCCAACUCCAGCAGGAAGGAUGCUAUCCAUGAAGAAGCUUUGAAGAUAUUUGAUGAGAGCAUCAAGAAUGCAGAAACACGUGACCCAGACUUGGAGGAGAAGGAUUUUGGUCUUCGGACGAUCGAUGACGAAGUGUUUAAACUGAGACUUACUCCUGAUGGCAAGGAUGAGGUGACCAAAGGGUUUGAGGAGAUUGCCAACAAGUUGCGAAUGAAUAACCAGACAACAGAGGACAGUAUGCUGCCAGUGGUCGAAUCUCUAGCAGUGUCAGAACUCCCCACAUACGAAGCUGUCGACAUGGCAGCCCAGAAGGAGAUGUUUGAGCAGUGGGAGAAGGAGCGGGUUGAGUUGGUGGAGGCUCAGAUGAAGCAGUACAUGAAGCAGCAGCGAGAGGAGGAGAUCAAGCAGCAGCUGAAGGAGCUUCAGGAGAAGGAGGAGCUGUUGCGCUACUUUGAGUUGCGAGAUCAGAUCAUCCUGGCGAAGGAACGUGCCCCGGAAAUACGGCCUCCUGUUGUGGAUGAUGAUGAAACACUACGGGAGAAGAGAAUCAAACGGAGGAAGUAUCGCCAUCAUAUAUAGCCUGAAUACACUGGGAAUAUGUUGACACUGUGUUAUGGUCAUGUCAGGCUAUGAAGUUCAUGCUGGUCUGUUAACCCAAGACAACUAAUUAGUGCUGAGGGCAAGAGAAAAUCCAUUUUUGGGAUAGUCGUGUUAAAGGGCUUUAAUUCUCACACAGUUCUGAAACCAUUUGGAAUGGAAAGCAAAAGUAAACAUAGUAAGCAACAUGUCUGGUUGAAUCAGGACUAGCUACUAUCUCAAAAGCCUAGUGAAAUACUGUUUAUACUAUCUUGAAACUCAGUGUUGAAAUUAAGUGGGUCCUGAGUUACCCAAUGUUUCCUGCUGUUGAAAUUUGAUCUGAAAGACCAUGACAUCUUUAGAUGUCAACAAUAGGGUUAUGAGGACGUCUGAUUUCAUGCUGUGUCUUCAACACUGAAAGACAUGACCAAACUAUUGGUGAUUGGUUUCACCAGAGGACGAGUGAUGAAACAAAUGCAAAUGUACAUAUUGUACCUGAUGCAUCAGAAUCGGUGUUGAAGCCCGAAGGAUACACAAAAUUACAAUUACCAGUUAUUCACACCUGGGAAAUAAAAGCAUGAAUAGCCAGUGAUUGUUGCUGCUACUGAGUCUAUGACUGGCAUCCAUUAACUGAUGCAAGGGAAGACAACUCUUACAUCUGUUUCUUAUGUUUUUUUGGGAUUACACUUUUUCAGGAAAGUACAGAUUCUAGUACAUUUUGUAGGUGGAAUCCCGUCCACGAUUCAAACUCACACUCUCAGAGUGUGCAAUCUAAUCGCCAGUGCACAGAAUCAGGGAUUUAACCCAGGUGCCUGACUCUAAGACUGUGGGUUCAAAUCCUGGAUAGUUUUAACCUGAUAAAGUAAUAGAAUCUGUAGUUUACUGAGGAAGUGUAAUCCCAGAAAUAGCAUGUUUCAUUUGACCACUUUCUAAAUAGCAUUGUGUAUUCACAACUCUUACAUCCACCCGCACCAAGGAUGUUGUACCAAUCUGAGAACAGACAAACAGCCGAUAGUCGUCUCAUGUUAUAAGGUGACAUUAACUAUAGUAAUAUCCCAUUAGAUCAUUAUGAAAUACCUGAUUAUAUGUGUUGCGAGCUCGCAAAACAGCACAUGCCUGUAAAUAACUCACCGAAAAGUGAGUGUGUGAGGAAUAAUCAGUCACUACAAGUAUUUUGAGAAAACCAAUGUUUCAUUCAUGUUACAGCUAGCUUACUAGUGCUUGUUCUACUGAUGAAAAUAUUGAUGUUCUUGUAGUUAUGGUCAAUAAUAUAUCUCGAGAUUACUUGAUUCUUUUAUUGUGAUGUGUUAUGAAAAUAUCCCAUACAUCUUACUGUUGUCAGAUCAUAAUGACCAAAACAGCAGAUUUAUGAGGAUGUUAUACAACAAAAAAUAGCAAUAUCAAUAAAUUAUGAAACAAA